AUGGCACAGUCCAAGAACAUACGCCCUCUGGAAAUGCAAGUUGGCGGACAUAAGGGCGUUCAACAGUCUGGCGAAGGCGAUCUUAUCAUGAAGCCUUGUCUUCCCGCAGAACGCGACUUUUACCAAGCCAUCGCCGCGGAUGAGCGUCUCGCUGCGCUACGCCCACACGUAGCCAAAUUCUAUGGAACUUUGAGACUUGAAGGCCAGGUUAAUGCUGAGGGCGCGCCCGGCGGAGAGCUAGGGGCUGAUCAACUGAGGGAGGUACUAGCAAAAGGAGCCAGCGAACCGGAUUCGGAGAACUUGUCACAUCGGUUUAGAAAGCCAAAUAUUUUGGACGUUAAGCUCGGGACGGUCUUGUAUGAUGACAGCGCGAGCGAGGAGAAGAAAUUACGAAUGGAAAAGGCCGCAAAGGAUACGACGAGCUUUGAAACAGGUGUACGAUUGACCGGGUUUUCUGUAUACGAUCCAUCUAGUUUCACUUACACCGUCACACCCAAGGAGUACGGCAAAUCAAUCAAGGCCGAGCAAUUACCUGAGGGAAUCGCCCGCUUCUUUCCUGAGACAGUUCCUCGCGAGCACUUACUGAGGGUACUGGGACUGGUCCACGAUAAGCUAGUCGAGAUCCAACAAGCGUUGGCUGAAACAGAGAUUCGCAUGGUGGCCGGCAGUGUGCUAAUCGUCUGGGAGGGUGAUCCCAAGGCCCUUGAACGUGCGAUCCAAACCUUGGACGAGGGUAGGGAUGUACUAGAAGAGAGCGACGACGAUGUCGACGACGAGGCCGAAGUCAACGAGAAUGACCGCAAGCCGGGGCCAGUUUACUUGAUCAAAUUGAUCGAUUUUGCGCAUACACGCUUGGUGCCUGAUCAAGGGCCAGAUGAAUCGUUGAUGAUUGGGAUGGGAACUACUAUAAAGUUGUUGGAAGGACGUAUUAGGGAACUUCGGCUAACUCCCACAGGAAAGCUCCCGCUCCCGCCGGGCCCAAAGGCUGAUCCUUUGAUUGGGCAUUUACGAGCAUUGCCCACGUCUGAUGAGCAUCUAGUAUACACGCGAUGGGGGAAAGAAUUGAACAGCGACAUCGUAUCCAUCUCUGUUUUUGGCCAAACAAUCGUUGUUCUCAACUCUGCAAAAUCCGCAAACGAACUGUUGGAACAGAGGUCGAGCAUUUACUCCAGUCGCACACAACUGCCUAUGAUAUCGGACCCAAACUUAGUCGACUGGGGUAAAAUCACAGGCCUGUUACCCUAUGGUGAAAGAUGGCGCGCUCAACGCCGUAUGACCCAUCUUUCCUUACACAAGGGAGCAAGUCGGGAGUUUUGGCCAUUGGUUGUAAAACAAGCCAGAUUUGCAUUGCGGAGGAUUGCCGACAACCCGGAUAGAUUUAUAAGAGAGAUCAGAAGAAUGUCAGGGAGUACACUUCUUUCGGCUGUUUAUGGCUAUGAAGUCACUUCUGCAGAUGACCCUCUUGUCGAAAUUGUUGAAACAGCACUGGAUCAUUUGUGCGAGGCUGCUAUUCCUGGAAAUUUCUUGGUGAAUGUUAUGCCUUGGAUACGAUACAUUCCUGACUGGGUGCCUGGGUCAGGGUGGAAGAAGACCGUAGAUAAGUGGAGGAAAGAGAGAGAAGAGAUGGUAGAUGUUCCAUUCAAUUAUACUAAACAACAGAUCGCACAAGGCAUCGCUCCUCACUCAGUACUCAAGGGACUCCUCACAAAGCUUGAGAGCGAGCUUGAAGCGGGGGAUGAAUAUGCAGAACAAGAGGACCGAAUCAAGUGGGUUACUGCGACACUGUUUGGUGCGGGCUCCGAUACUUCGGCAGCAACCACGUCCGUAUUCAUCCUCGCCAUGGUCCUCAACCAGUCCGUCUUUGCAAAAGCCCAAGCUGAAGUGGACGCUGUGAUUGGAAGAGAACGGCUGCCCGAAAUGAGCGAUCGUGGUUCAUUGGCGUAUGUAGAGUGUGUGAUGAAGGAAGUACUAAGGUGGCAGCCUGUCGUUCCUCUUGCCAUUCCGCACGCUGUUGUCGAGGACGAUGAGUAUCGUGGGUGGGCGAUACCCAAGGGUUCAACUAUCAUCGGAAAUAUCUGGGCAAUUAGCUACGACGAGACUAUAUACCACGAACCUGAGCAGUUCAAUCCCGAUCGUUUCCUAGAUCCCAAAACUCAGGCGUCGCCCGCAUUUGGGUUUGGUAGAAGGCAAGAUAUUCGACUCACUACACGUAUUGAUAUUGAAACCCCAAUGUCUACUAAGGUCGUGUCCUGGCGUACACUUGGCUGA